CUGUGAAUAGCAGAGUGCCCAGUGGCUCCACCAGCUCCUCGCACACUACCGAAUCCCCUACGCCUGAGCCUUGUCCGCAGGUAUCAAGCAAUGUGCCCCCACAGUCGGUGCUCCCUAUGUAUCCUUCGGUUGACAUCGAUGCACAUACUGAAAGUAAUCAUGACACUGCUCUGACCCUUGCAUGUGCGGGAGGUCAUGAAGAACUUGUAUCUGUACUGAUAGCACGUGGUGCCAAUAUUGAACACAGAGACAAGAAGGGUUUUACGCCUUUGAUUCUGGCUGCAACUGCUGGACAUGUUGGUGUGGUGGAAAUUCUUCUAGACAAAGGUGGGGAUAUAGAAGCACAGUCUGAGCGCACAAAGGAUACUCCACUUUCGUUGGCAUGCUCCGGUGGACGCCAAGAGGUUGUUGAUUUGCUCUUGGCCCGGGGAGCAAAUAAAGAACAUAGGAAUGUGUCUGAUUAUACGCCAUUAAGCCUUGCUGCGUCUGGUGGCUAUGUUAAUAUCAUCAAGAUUCUUCUCAAUGCUGGGGCAGAAAUUAAUUCAAGGACUGGGAGUAAGCUAGGUAUUUCUCCUCUGAUGCUGGCUGCUAUGAAUGGCCAUGUACCUGCCGUGAAACUAUUGCUUGAUAUGGGUUCUGAUAUUAAUGCUCAGAUUGAGACCAACCGGAAUACAGCUCUCACCUUGGCCUGUUUCCAAGGCCGAGCAGAGGUGGUCAGUCUGCUUUUGGACAGGAAGGCCAAUGUCGAGCACAGGGCAAAGACUGGGCUUACACCUCUGAUGGAAGCAGCUUCAGGAGGAUAUGCAGAGGUUGGAAGGGUUCUCCUUGAUAAAGGAGCAGAUGUUAAUGCUCCACCUGUGCCUUCCUCAAGAGAUACAGCUUUAACAAUUGCAGCAGAUAAGGGUCACUACAAGUUUUGUGAGCUCCUGAUUAAUCGAGGAGCACAUAUUGAUGUUCGUAACAAGAAAGGAAACACACCUCUGUGGUUGGCAGCUAAUGGUGGUCACUAUGAUGUGGUUCAGUUGCUUGUGCAAGCAGGAGCAGAUGUGGAUGCUGCAGAUAAUCGGAAAAUUACACCUCUUAUGUCAGCGUUUCGCAAGGGGCAUGUGAAAGUAGUUCAGUUCCUGGUGAAAGAAGUUAACCAGUUUCCUUCAGACAUUGAAUGCAUGCGAUACAUAGCGACGAUAACUGACAAGGACCUGUUGAAAAAGUGUCACCAGUGCGUGGAGACAAUUGUGAAAGCUAAAGACCAGCAGGCUGCAGAAGCAAAUAAGAAUGCAACUAUAUUGCUGAAGGAGCUAGACCUGGAAAAAUCAAGAGAGGAGAGCAGAAAACAACCUAAAGAAACUCUGGAACUGCAAGAAGAUGAUGAUGAAGAAGAAAAUGAUGAUGAAGUGGAGCAAGAAGUUCCUAUAGAGCCUCCUAGUGCAACUACCACAACUACAAUUGGAAUUUCUGCGACUUCAACUACUUUCACAAAUGCCUUUGGGAAGAAGAGAGCUAAUGUGGUGACUACCCCCAGCACAAAUAGAAAAAAUAAGAAAAAUAAAACAAAAGAGACUCCUCAGAAUAUGCAGAUAAUUUUGCCAGAUCAGCAUAUAUCUCUAGCACAGCAAAAAGCAGAUAAAAAUAAAAUAAAUGGAGAGCCAAGAGGUGGUGGUGCAAGUGGAAAUAGUGAUUCUGAUAACUUGGAUAGCACAGAUUGCAAUAGCGAAAGUAGCAGUGGAGGUAAAAGCCAAGAGUUGAACUUCACAAUGGAUACCAAUUCCUCUGAUCGGCGCUAUGCCUCAUUGCUUAUCCCCUCUCAGGAAGAAAAAAGUAGUGCCUCAGCUUCAAAAACACCAACAAGGAGGGAAGAAGCUGAUGACUCUGAGCACUUCAACUGCCAGGUUGAUGGCCAGUUUGAUUUAACCUUGUCAAGCCAGAGACUUGAUGGUGAAGGUCCUUCAAAUUCUCUGUCAACUACUUAUAAGCCUGUAUCCCUGCCUCUGUCCUCUCCAAAUGUAAAGCUGAAUCUGACUAGUCCAAAAAGAGGUCAGAAAAGAGAAGAAGGCUGGAAAGAAGUGGUUAGAAG